UUAAGAUAUCAUAUACAAUGUUUCUUUUUUCUUUCACUGGCGUUGCCAGUCUUCGGCGGAGUGGGUCCCACAACUUGCCUGUAACUUACCCCGCCGGCACAUAAAGCUUAGCUGGUUAGCCUAUUGUGAUGUUCGGCAAGAUGGGUCGAGACGAAUGGUUAAACCAUAUGCGCCAACAUAGGCCGCGAUGGCGUUGUGCCGCACGGGCGCACGGUAUCCUUGUCUUCUAUGAGAAAAGCGAGUACGAAGAGCACAUGCGCCGAAAGCACAAAAGCACUCAACCACAGUUAACCAUACUCGCGGAGAGAAGUAGUCGACCCUCUGGUCCUGUCUUCCAGUCCUGCCCGUUGUGUGAUGAAGGAAAUCGGGCUGAUCUCGAGGAGCACAUUGCUGACCAUCUUACAUAUCUUGCAUUGAUGUCAAUACCCUUGCCUCAGAGCGAAGCGAAUGAUGAAUACACGUGGAUGGAUGAAACCAAGGGUACCAAGCAUUUCCGGGCCGGAGGCGCUGGACUGACCGAUUCCGAUCGCUCUUUCGACAAAACUGAAAUGGAAAAGGCAGGAGAUCCCUCUAGGCUCCCCGAAUCUCCUUUUGCUGGAUUGGAGGAGCCAAACCAGACACAUACAAAGGGAAAGGCACCAGCGAAGAUACGUAAUCAGGGAGAACCGCACAGGAGUUUCCGAAAGGCCAAUUCAUACCAAAGGGAAAACACCGGAUUCUUUACAGGUCGGUGUCAAUGGAUGAGCAGCACUGAAUCAAAAAACUGUGAGGGAGUGGAGGAUCUCCUUCGUCAUAUCGCCGAAACGCAUAGGGAGUAUGCUUCCGUCUGUCCUAUGAAAGUUUGUGAGCAAAAGUUUGCCGAUAGUGAAGAUUAUGUGAAACAUGUGCAGGUUUACCAUAAGAGACUGGUUUUCACUAAAGUCUCCGUCUCAAUCAACCCGCGAUUUGAUGGGAUGUCGAACAAAAAGCUCCAGCUUAACCAGUUUAGGAACAACAACUGCAAGGCUCUGGACCAGGUCUCCAAACUCAAUUAUCACGCGCAUAAUGAUUUGGGACGUUAG